AUGACGGACAAAAAAGCCAAGAGAAUCGUCGAAAACACUGUAGAACGUGAAAAACGCAGCAGUCCGGUACACCAGGAGGAGGAAUUUGAUGAAGAAGGUCAAGUUCGCGCACAGGAUCCUGGAGUACUGGUAGAUCGCCGAGCCACGUAUCAGCAGAUUUUUAUGACCGACAAGAAAGCCAAAAGAAUCGCCGAAAACGCUGUAGAACGUGAAAAACGCAGCAGUCCGGUAAAGGAGGAGGAAUUUGACGAAGAGGGUCAAGUUCGCGCCCAGGAUGCCAAUAACACGGAAGAACUCCAUGAUGCCGAUCUCAUUAACGAGGCUACCAAGGAGAAACCUCUCAAAGUCAAACUAGGUUGUGACGAGGCAGAAGUGUCGGAAAACUCGGAUGAGUUGCACGCCUGGGCAAGCGAGAGUCAGCAGGAUCAUAUCGAUUUGGGCGAUGAGGAGGACGCCGAUGAUGAAGCUUCGGAUGAUGACAAAAACGACGAUGACGACGGCAGCAAGAAGGAUGACGACAGCGCCAGGGAAGCCGAUGCGGAAAAUCCGGACAAUCCCGAUGAAGACAAUGAUGUGGAUUUGAACAGUGAUUCUGCUUCUUGCACCACCCUCAAUUCAGCGGACCUUCGGGAGCAAGCCAUCCAGGAGAGUUUGCUCUACAUGUUCUAUGAAAAACUUGGUUGUGCCGUUUUGGCUCCCAUUUUAACCCCCAUCAUGGCAUUCUUGACAAAGUGUCUUGCCAAAAUCAUGAAGAAAAUGCGGGGAGAUGAGGAGGUGGAUCUAGAAGAUGCAGCCGAAGAACUUGCCGAUGCAGCGAUGGAUCAAGUCGGAGAUUCUGCCUUCAAUGCAAUGGCACAGAGUCACUACGGUGGAUUUAGUGGAGGUGGAGGUGGCGGUGGAGCAGGUGGUGGUGGUGGUGGAGGAGGUGGGGCUGGAAUGGCUGGUGGUGUUCCCAUGCCUGUUGGCCCUCCCCCAGGAGUUGCGGAAAUGGCCACCGCUGCUGCCAACUCGGCGGCAUCCGCGAGUGCCAGUGGUGCAGCAGCAGGAGCAGGGGCCUCAACUGCCGCUGCUGGUAUGGCUUCUGCAGCUGCCACCGCUACUGUAUCUCAAGUUGGAGCUGCAAUUGGCAUGGCUGCUGUUACGGCGGCUGCAGUAUCCUCUUCGGUGGUCUUGGUAUCACAAACAAAUACUUUUGUCGAUGAUUUUGUUCCGCCCAUUUGUGAAGACUCACAGGUUCUAAAGGAGGGAUUCGUAGAGCUGCAGAUUCAAGGAAUGCCUCCUUCGGCACUCCCAGACCGAAAGUUUGACUUGGAAUAUUUGUUUCGCGAUGUUUACAAUUCGAUCACGGGAAUGUGUCUGGACCCAUUCAAACGUGUCAUGCACGUAGCUGUAGUUGAAGAUUGGACAACAGUGUAUGGAAACGAAUCUGACUACUUGAUUCUCGAAAGCAACACAACAACAAAGGCAGAGAAACGAGCUGUCAUUGAUGCCAGUAUUACUACUACGCAUUGGUCUGCAUAUGUUGCCUGUGAUGGAUGUCCUGAUCAUGAGCCUCUUUUUGAACCAGGAGAAAUAGGAGAUGAAACAGCAAGAGGUAGGAGGCGUUUGAGGCUAUCUGAUCUUUGCAGUCCAGAGUAUCGCGACAAAGAAUUCUAUAAACGGGUCAGAAAGAGGGUCCGAGAACUCCGUGAACUAGCGGGUGAGGAUAUUGAAAGUGAGUUGCCCCAGAUGCUUUACGACCUCGACCAAUUCUUUGCUUUGUUUGCAGCCAUGUUUGGAUACAACCUCGAACCUGUAUUGAGUGGUCGCGUCAUCAGAGACCAAUAUGGCAACGUCAUCUACCUGCAGCCUCCUCCAGGGAAUGGUACUAAUGCCAUCAGAGUUAUAUUUGGUGCAACAAAACCUGCCUUAGAUGGUGGCAUUAACUCUACAUCUUCAGUCAGUUCCAUCGGCUUGGAGGAUAUUGAGCAUUACCAAGAUGAUGUGAUUGCCAGUAAUGGGACAAUUCGCACUCCAUUUGUUUCUAAUGAACUGGUGGCUUUUGAACAGUCAGUCGCACAAUGUGCCAACACAUCGUCAGGUGGAGGCCAAAAUUCGAAGUUUUGCCAGACGGUCCUCAACAGUGAUCAGUUCGAUUCACAGACACUCGCUGACUGUUUUGCCAGCCCGGGACAGCUUGAGUGUCAAGAGUUGUUACCUGACCUCAUGACUGUGUUAGAUGAAGCUGUGGAAGAAGGGGAUCCAAUUGUGGUUGGUGCCGACGAGGUAGAGGAGAGGGCAAGAGAGAAACUCUCACUCAAACCAACAUCGUCGCCGACUGCCAAACCAACCUAUGUCCCAGCAAGUGCGCCAUCGAGCUUGGCGUCGAUAGAGUUGGCUGCUAGUCCCAGUCUAUUACAGGGGAGUGGAAGUACUGGAUCUGCUUCUGCCACUAUUGGGGAUGGAAGUACUGGAUCUACUUCUACCCCUAUUGGUGAUGGAAGCUCUGGGUCAGAGAAUGAUUCAGCAACUACGUUUUAUUCUACAACACUGUUCAAUGAUGAUACAUCAGUGUCAGAAGGGGGUGGAAGUGGUGGGGACUCUGGAUUUGGAUCCUCUGGCUCAGAGACCGAAGGUAGUGGACAGAGUGGUGGCAAUUCUGACUCGUCUGGGGGCAGUGGAUUGGUUUCUGGUGGCGCUUCUGUUCAGGAUGAUGACAUCACUAUGUCAUCUACUUCUGAUUCUGAGCAGUACAUAGAUGGCGAUGAUGAUGCAUCGAACGUGGACGAUGUUACAAAAGACGAUGAUGUUGCGUCUGACGUGGAUGAUGAGACAACCUUCAGCGGUGGCACUGAGGACGUUAUUGUAACUGAUGAUGAUGCUAGCUCCGCGGCAAGAGAAGAUGCAGGUGAGCUGCCUCCUGAAACCACCAGUGGUGAACUUGAAGAAGCUACAUCGACUGAGAGCCUGAACGGGGCACCAGUGGGUCCAUCUACACCAAGUGCCAUGGGCCCAGAGACAGCCCAGAGUCCUGUGUCUGGUGGGACUAGUCCUUCAGUGCCCUCAGCAACAGUUGUUGGGGCCCCAACGCUUGACGGUGUUGUUGGGGCUCCCAGUGUAUCAGCUUCGCCUCUUGCACCUAGUGCAAGCCUGAGUCCUUUUUCCGGGGCAACUGGUGAAACGGUGCCAUCGUUGAGUACAGGGAUUGCUGCACCAUCUUUGCCAUCUGUAAACACAGUUGGCUCCCCAGCAAUUGCAGGGGCUCCCAGUUCAUCACUAGCACCUGGAACACUGGCACCAGGGGCAAGCCACAGUCCAUUGGCUAUCGGCCCAUCAGUACCAUCAGCGAGUUCCCCAUCUGUUGCCAGUGGUGCUGGGACUCCCAGUUCAUCAAUUGCACCUGCAGCACUGGCACCAGGUGCAAGCCUAAGUCCCUUGUCUGCUGGAAGUGGUGAACCCGUGCCUUCAUUGGCUACGGGAGUCCCGGCACCAUCUGUACCAUCUGCGAUUACGGCUGGUGGCCCAACUGUUGGUGGUGGACUUGGGACUCCCAGCACAACAAUAUCACCCGGAGCAAGUCAGAGUCCUGCUGGACCCAUGCCCUCCAUGAAUGGUGCUGCUACAGGAGUACUUGCACCAUCAAUCGCAGAGACUCAAACUGCUGAGGAUUCUAUUGGCGCUCCAGAUUCCUCUCUUUCUCCUGGAACAUCUGAACCAGGUACUACGGAGACCUCGCCUUCUACACUGGAACCCACAGCAGAGGAUACCCUCGCUAGCACUGCUGAGGGAACUCAAGCUGCUACGAUUGAAGUAACACAGGAAAGCACUCAGGAACUCACACAACAGGUAACUCCUGAAACAUCUACUGAUGCCAUGCUUGAAGUCACAUCUGAGCCUACGCAAGCGGUAUCAUCUGGAAAUUCUGCUCUGCAGACACCUGAACGCACAAGUGAGCCAACUGCUGAUGGCACCUCAGAUGCAACCUCUGGUGCCACUCCAGAUGCAACCCCUAUUGCUACCCCAGAAGAAUCAAAUGAUUCCACCUUGGAGACAACAGUCGAUACCACCACAGAUGGCACGCAGGAUGGAACCCCCGAUGAAACCUUCGACAACACAUUGGAUGGAAGUGCAUGCACAUACAUAACAACAACUGCAAGGAUAUUGGUGGAGUUUGACGGUGACACAACUGCGAUCACAGACCCUCAACUCACCACAGCAUUUGAAAAUGCGUAUGGAACGUUAGCCUUCACACACUGCCCACCAGCACUUCUUUCUACACGGGUGGCAGCACGAUUGGCACGGAGAAAACUUCAAGCUUCAGUCGUCACGCAAGUGCAAUUCGAAGUGCAAACGAAUUCUACUUUGGGUCAAGGAUGGAUCGAAACUGACGGUACAAAAGCUUCCUUCUUGAGUGCUUUCAACACUGAAGUAGGACCAUAUGGAAUAUCUGCAGUCCAAGUAGGAGAGGAAGUGACCACAAGCCCUCCCCCCACCUCACUCACUAAUACUACUUCUGGUGAUGGGCCAACUGCCCCAAGCGCUUCAAAUUCCAACAAUCCUUCAAAUUUGGCUCCCAAUGUGACAUUGGAUGACACAGCUAGCAGCAACAGCACCACAUCGAACACAACUACUAGUCCCGGCAACCAGAAUUCCAACAGCCCAGCUAGCCCAACCACUCUGUCCAAUAUGACCGCUAGUCCCAUCAGUCAGAAUUCAAGUAGUGUCAGCCCGGUUGCACUGUCGAAUUCAACUUCGAGUCCCAAUGGUCAAAAUUCCAGCAGCAUUAGUCCCGCCAGUCCUGCCACUCUAUCCAAUACAACUACAAGUCCUACCAGUCAGAAUUCCAGCAUUGCCAGCCCCCCCAGUCCUACCACUCUGUCGAACACAACAUCAAGUCCCAUCAGUCAAAAUUCCAGUAGCGCAAGUCCAACUGACCCUACUACACUGUCCAACUCAACUUCAAGUCCUAUCAAUCAAAAUUCGAGCAGUGCCGUUCCCAGAAGCCCAACAACUACACCAUCCAAUGCUACUGGCCCAGCCACUGUGCCUCCCAAUGCGACUGUGGAACUCGAGUACCUCCAGCCCAUUCACUGGAAGCCCAACAAUCAUGUCAUCAAAUGCGACAAGUGCUGCUAG